AUGUGGACGAGUGCCAGCUCUUCCAGUCCAGCCCCCAGACCCAGCUUUGCCUCCACGACUGCCUCAACCUCUCCAGCUCCUACCGCUGCGUCUGCCCCCUUGGCGAUGGGUCCUACAGUGCCCUGGGGACCAUAUUGUGUCUCUCAGGGCAGUGUCAGAGGAACCUGUGCCCGAUGGAGAGCUGAGCCUGCCGUCUGGCUGCCACCUCCAUCUCCUUCCAUUACCUGCCACUUCAGGCCAACUGCACUGUGCUCCUCGUUCUCUUCAAGAUGUCCACCACCCGCUUCGUGGGCGACAGCCUGCGCUUCACCAUCACGGGCAGCCGAGGCCAGGGCAUCUUCGCUGUGCGGCACUCUGACCAGCAGACAGGAGAGCUGGUGCACACCAGUCCCAUGGGGGGGCCAGCCACGCUGGAGGUGGAGCUGGACAUAAGCGAGUUCUCCCGCAAGGUCCCCCUGGGCAAGCACAUCUUCAAGGUCACGGUCUUUGUCUCCCCAUACGAGUUUUGA